CGCCUAUUUCAAAAAUGUAUCUGAUUAAAAUGUAAUUUUAAACCUAACCACAUAUUAAGACCUAAAAGCCCAUUUUUGUUUUCAUACAUUUUUACCAGAUAUACAAUUUUGACUUCGUGGCGGUAAUUAGUAGAAACCGCUGAUGGUCUUUGUAAACAUCCUGUGGAUUUGAAAAUAAUCUUUGGGCGGGCGGAAGAAACUAAAAAGUCAGCGCCAUUAUGUUUGUUUUUAGUGGGAGGAGUGGAAAAAAGUAAACUACGGCCGCCAAAAAAAACUACAAUUGGAGUGUAAUUGGUUGGUGUCCCCCCCCCUCACCCUUAGGUGAGAAGGUGCUGGGACAAUGUUUUAUGCUCACUUUGUCCUCAGCAAACGUGGGCCGCUGGCCAAGAUCUGGCUAGCGGCCCACUGGGAUAAGAAGCUCACCAAGGCUCAUGUGUUUGAAUGCAACCUGGAGAGCAGUGUGGAGAGCAUCAUCUGCCCCAAGGUGAAAAUGGCCCUGCGUACGUCAGGUCAUCUGCUCCUGGGGGUGGUGAGGAUCUACAACAGGAAAGCCAAGUACUUGUUGGCUGACUGUAAUGAGGCGUUCAUCAAGAUCAAGAUGGCCUUCAGACCAGGUGUGGUGGAUCUGCCAGAGGAGAACAGAGAAGCUGCCUACAACGCCAUCACCAUGCCAGAAGAGUUCCACGACUUCGACCAGCCACUACCAGACCUAGACGACAUUGACGUCACUAAGCAGUUCACAUUGAACCAGAGUCGAGUGGAAGAGAUCACCAUGAGGGAGGAGGUGGGCAACCUGAGCCUGCUGCAGGAGAAUGACUUCGCUGACUUUGGAAUGGACGACCGGGAGAUGAUGCGUGCGGAGAGUGCCUUCGAGGUGGACAUCAUCCACGGGCCGUCAGCCUCUAACCUGCUCCUAGACCCAGAGACCUCGGUUGCCCAGAUCCCAGACAACUCCAACCACCUGGAAUACGACGACCAGUACAAAGAUGACUUCGGAGAGGACCCCAUGGCUGAGAGCGAGGGAGGCAUGCUGGUUGACAAGCUCCUCAGUAACGAGGAUGGGGGUGGCAUUUUCGACGACCCUCCCGUCAUCACCGAGAGCGUGCUGAGACUGCAGGACCACGAUGACGAAGACGACUUUGAUGCCUUCUCACCGGGAGGUCCAGACAGCCCAGACUCAGGCCCGGCGGAGCCCCUGCCCGCCAUGCAGGACCAGACAGAGCAGACCACGCUGGUACACAACGAGGAGGAGGCCUUCGCCCUGGAGCCCAUUGACAUCACAGUGAAGGAAACCAAAGCCAAGAGGAAGAGGAAGCUAAUUGUGGACAACCUGAAGGAGCUGGACAGCAAGACCAUCCGUGCCCAGCUCAGCGACUACUCCGACAUCGUCACCACGCUGGACCUUGCGCCGCCCACCAAGAAGCUGAUGAUGUGGAAAGAGACGGGAGGCGUGGAGAAGCUCUUCUCCCUGCCAGCACAGCCCCUCUGGAACAGCAGGCUUCUCAAGAUGUUCACCCGCACCCUGACCCCCCUGGUGCCAGACGAAAUGAGGAAGAGGAGGAAGGGGGGUGAGGCAGACAGCCUGGAUGAGUUCCUGAAGGACUUGGAGAACCCUGAGGUGCCCAGAGAGGAGGCCAUGCAGAGGGACAUCAUCGACCAGACCAUCCUGGAGGAGCUCAGUGUGCUGCAGGCAUCAGCCAUGGAGGGCAGCAGGACCACCCUGGACGAGUCAGUCAUGCCCCCACCCUCCUCCACGCACGGCCAGAAACGCAAGGCACAGGACACAGAGCCAGGCUUGCCCAUGGGUACUCUGGAACAGGCCACCAACCAUUCAGGCGUGUCCCAGCAGUUGGACAUGACAGUGUUGCUGCCCCCCGAGGACAGCACCAACCUCAGCCAGUUUCCCGAGCUCGACCUGAUAGAGGAGAAGAAGGACAAGGACGGAGUGGACGGCUCAGAUGAGGAUGAGGAGGGUCAGGCCGGUGACCAGGACCGAGAGGAGAGGAGGUGGAACAAGAGAACCCAGCAGAUGCUCCAUGGCCUGCAGAGGGUGAUGGCCAAGACAGGAGCCCAGCAAAUUAGCCUGCUGGAUUUGUGCAGGAACAACAACAAGAAGCAGGCCGCCGCCAAGUUCUACAGUUUCCUGGUUCUGAAAAAGCAGCAGGCGGUGGAGCUCAACCAGACCGAGCCAUACAGCGACAUCAUCGCCACCCCUGGAGCCCGCUUCCACCUCAUCUAGACUCAACACUGGCUGCUUUUACUCAAAAACAGUUUUUUUCUUCUCUUACCUAUGUGCUUUUGUCUUGAGAUUAAAAAAACAUUAAGGUCAAGUGUGGGGAUGAAGUCUCUGAAAGACAUGAUUGGUGGGAUUAUUGUAAUUCUGUGUAUUUUGGGUUUUUGUUAUCCAAUGAAAGCACUUUGUGUUUUGCUAGAAUGUGAGAGUGAUAAUCCAAUCAUGUUGCAUUCCAAGGUUCUAUUUCUCUCCCAUUUAAAAAUAGUUACUAAAAUACUAUUGGUCUUCAAACUAAGAUUGCUGGUGGAUGCAGUUGAGUGUUUCAGAAACUUGCUCAAUACAUGCUCCUUUUGGUUAAAGGGUUUCUGAAACACUCAACUGAAUACCCUUUAACCAAAAGGACCAUGUAGUAUUGAGCAAGUUUCUGAAACACUCAACUGAAUUGCAUCCACCACCAAUCUUAGUUUGAAGACCAAUAGUAUUUUAGUUGCUGCAAGCAUUCCAAUAGGUUUGUUCCUAAUUCUGCGUUUACAGUCCCUGACUGUAAUUUAUUUUUUUUAUAUCGGCAUACAUUUAGGUCUCCAUUGUGGAAUUUGAGAAUGGGCUCCUGAGUGGCGCAGCGGUCUAAGGCACUGCAUCUCAGUGCAAGAGGCGUCACUACAGUCCCUGGUUCGAAUCCAGGCUGUAUCACAUCCGGCUGCGAUUGGGAGUCCCAUAGGGCGGCACACAAUUGGCCCAGGGUAGGCCGUCAUUCUAAAGAAGAAUUUGUUCUUAACGUACUUGCCUAAUUAAAGGUUAAAAUCAUGUAGAUUUAAAAAAUAAAUAAACUGUCUACCCUCAUUGCCUGCUCCAGUUUAAAAUAUAUUUUAUUCCAAGUAAUUGCUCCUGAAUUGCAUUUUUAUGGUAUUACUUCAAUAAUUCCCUUUAAGUCACAUACUGUGACAAUGAAAAUACUUGUAUCAAUUAUCUAUGUUAAUGGUUUGGCCAGAAUGAGACUUAGUUGAGGCUGCAUUUUUCACAUAAGCUAUUUAACAAUCUCUACACUUCAAGUCAACUGUGGGUGUCUGGAAAUUACAUUUCAUUCAACUCUUUGAUGCAGCUGAAUGUCAAGUAAUCUCUGGCAUAUCAACAAUCUAAGACAGUUUUGAUGCAAUGAUAACUACUGGGAAACAUCAUGGCAAGUCUUUAUGUGCUUAGGUGUUGUGACAGUCAUUCUUCGAUAGCUUGAAUACAAUAUUGCUCAUCUUAUGGUUCAUAGCUGCAGAGCACAAUUUAUAAUCAUUCUGACCAUCCUUUACCAGUCUGUCCUUUACAAAUGCAUUGUUUUGAAAUCCACAAGCUUCUGAAAUUGUAUAUCAUGUAAUGUUUCAGCUCAUCCCUUUUAAACUCUGCGCCGGUAAACGUACAUUCUUUUUGUAUAAAACCCAAAAUGACACCUUGUAGAUACUGUUGCUGAAGUGUAUUAUGAUGCCAUGCCUGUAGUCCUGAGGCCCAGCAACGUGUUACUUUUCUAAUAAAAUGAAUACCGUUUCAACA